GCGCCUCGCGCGGCAGUGAUAUAUCCAUGAAGUCGUUACUACAAAGAUGGCGGAUUUCCUGCCCUCCCGGUCUAUAGUUUGUAUUCCCAAUUGUCUUCUCUCCAGCGUCGAAAUUGACCAAAUCAGAAAGUCUAAGGAGAUCGAUAAAAGCCUGCGCCGAGAGAAGACUUUUGUGAAGAAACUGGUGAAGAUCUUGCUGCUAGGAGCAGGCGAAAGUGGCAAGUCAACUUUCCUCAAACAAAUGCGCAUAAUUCAUGGGCAGGACUUCGAUCAGCGGGCCAAAGAAGAGUUCCGGGCUACAAUCUACAGCAAUGUUAUCAAAGGUGUCCGAGUGCUGGUGGAUGCCCGUGAGAAGCUGAACAUCCCUUGGGGAGAUCCUGAGAAUCAGGUUCAUGGGGAGACAAUGAUGGCCUUUGACACCCGCUCAUCCAUUAUGGCCAAAGGGAUGGUGGAGACCAAAGUCUUCCUCAACUACCUGCCCUCCAUCCGUGCCCUGUGGCAAGACAGUGGUGUUCAGAAUGCCUACGACAGACGGAGAGAGUUUCAGCUGGGUGAAUCUGUGAAGUAUUUCCUGGACAAUGUGGAUAAACUUGGACAAUUGGACUACUUGCCCAGCCAACAGGAUAUACUUCUGGCACGAAAGCCCACCAAGGGUAUCCAUGAGUAUGACUUUGAGAUCAGGAGUGUUCCUUUCAAGAUGGUGGAUGUGGGAGGGCAGCGGUCAGAGCGCAAGCGGUGGUUUGAGUGCUUUAACUCUGUGACCUCCAUUCUCUUCUUAGUCUCAUCCAGCGAAUACGAUCAGGUGCUCAUGGAAGACCGUCAGACCAACCGGCUCACAGAGUCGCUUAGUAUCUUCGAGACUAUCGUCAACAACUGCGCCUUCGCCAAAGUCUCCAUCAUUCUCUUCCUCAAUAAGACAGACUUGCUUGAAGAAAAAGUUAAGAAUGUAAACAUCAAGGACUACUUCCCCGAGUUCACAGGAGAUCCCCAUAAUCUGCCGGAUGUGCAGAAGUUCCUGGUUGAUUGCUUCCAUAACAAGCGCCGUGAACCGCAGGAGAAGCCCCUUUACCAUCACUUCACCACUGCCAUUAACACCGAGAACAUUCGACUCGUCUUCCGUGAUGUCAAAGACACCAUCUUGCAUGACAACCUUAAACAGCUAAUCUUACAAUGAAAGGCACCGAUUGGUCUUUAAGAACAUUCCAUUUUAAUUAGGUUUUUACUUUAUAUAAUACAAAGUACAAGUGGUUCAAUACAUAUUGUGGUUGAAGAAAAGUAGAUGGGAUAAUUAUGCAACUUUAAUUUUCUUUUAUAUAAUAAGUUAUAUACAGAUUUGAUAUAAAAGCAACCUCUUUAAUCUUUUAGCCUUAUCAAAUAUGUUAAGGAAUGGUCCUCAGUUAUUCACCAAAAUGCUGUCAUUUGACAUGUUUACUGUAUGCUUAUCAGCGCAUCUAUUCGUAUAAUGGAACUGUUAACACUCCUGUAUUCCAUAGGCUUAACACCUGGUUUUGAUAAAGUUUUAAUAAAAGAAAGUGUGAGAA